GCACACAUGUUUGAAAUCCUCUCUGUCUUUUGCAGUAUGGGUGUCAUUAUUAUGGAGCUUUAUUGGAAACAUGCACCCAAGACCUGUAAGAAUUUUGCAGAACUGGCCAGACGUGGUUAUUACAAUGGAACCAAGUUUCAUAGGAUAAUCAAGGACUUUAUGAUCCAGGGGGGAGAUCCAACAGGAACUGGAAGAGGAGGAGCAUCCAUCUAUGGCAAGCAGUUUGAAGAUGAACUUCAUCCAGAGCUAAAAUUUACAGGUGCUGGAAUCCUUGCUAUGGCGAAUGCAGGUCCAGAUACCAAUGGCAGCCAGUUCUUUAUCACAUUAGCGCCAACCCAGUGGCUUGAUGGGAAGCACACUGUAUUUGGUCGUGUUUGCCAGGGAAUUGGGAUAGUCAACAGAGUUGGCAUGGUGGAAACCAACGCACAAGAUCGACCAGUGGAUGAUGUAAAGCUCCUGAAAGUUUAUCCCUCAGGCUAGGCUAGAAGUGGUAAAAUACUUGUUGAAUUGAAUUGUAUUCCAUUGUGCUCUGUUUUUUAGAUCAUACUUGUUGUGUUCCAAGACAAAACAUGUUGCAAAGUAAUUUUAUACCAAAAUGCAUUCUCUGAAUUUAUUAACCUUUUUAUUAAAGUUAAUUUUAUGAAGAAAUGUUCUGAAUUAUUUAAUUGGGCUGGGGGAAGUUGCCAUCAUAUUGUGGUUCUAUUCCUGUAAGCUUAAUAUUGUUUAUUGCCUGUAACUUGAUUGGAAAGUAGCAAUCAGUCCAUUGGUAGAGUCUUAGAUGUCCCAGAACAAGAGCAGGCAACAUCUAGGAUUUGGUAAGUCCACAGAACUGCAUGCAACCACAGCUGAGUGUUUACCUGGGUCUCAAAGCAGUACUGGAAUACCAUUGUACAUUUCCAAGUGGAAAGAAAAAGAAGACAAUUGUUAGAAUUAGUAUAAGAGUUUAUAAUGGCUUACAUGCAUAGGUAAUAUUAAGCCUAAAUCUCAAAUAAGAAAAUUUGACCUUCUGUUUCUGUACAUAAAGAACCUUGAUAGUGUGUUUGACCCAUGUUCCAACAGAAAAAUUCCUUACAUACCUUUUAAAAUAUGGGAGAAGAAACUUGUGGCCAUCCAGAUACUAUUGAACUGCAACUUCUUGCAGCCUUAGACACCCUUAGCCAGUGAGUGGUGAAGGUGCUGUGAGUUACAAGCUCAGAACAUCUGGAGAGUCACUAGUUGGCUGGCUUGUUUUAAUAGUAAAAAGAUUACACCUUAUCUGCCCAACUAUUAAGGAUUUACUAUAGUAGAGACUCCUUAUAAUCCAGCUGUUAGGAUAAUAAGCCCAGUCUUGCAAGUUAACCUGUCCUCAGUGUCUGUCUGUCUGUCUCUAGCUAAUUUACUUCAUAACAUCCAAAUCACCAGCAAGAUUUGGUAAGAUUUGUUCAGAUGGGGUUUGCUUUUUUCUUUCUCUGAGGCUGAGAGAGUGUGACUUGCCCAAGGACACUCAGUGGAUUUCAUGGCUGAGCAGGCCAGUCUAACUUGGGUCUCCAAAGUUGUAGUCCAACACUCAAAGCACUACUACACCAGCUCUCAUUAGAUUUACAAACAUAAAAGUAAAACAUAUGGAAGUAAGUGAUAUGUGCAUAUUUAUACACAGUCUCCCACAUCAAGAUCCCAGUCAGAAGCAUCCUGUGCAUACUAGGUACUUUCAGCCAAUUCCCAGCAAACUGCUUCUUUCCCACUUCCAAAAACUGCUUCUUCUGGAAAAGCUAUGCAUGCUUCGAGAACCACCUUCUCCCAUCAACUUUAUUUUCUGACCAUUAGCUCCUAUUAAGGAAACAUCUGAUUGUUAUUCUGGACCACUAAUAAACAAUCUCAGACAAACAAACAAAAACCUGUGCAAUCAUGUAACAAGAU